CUCGCUGAAAACCUCAUCCCCUUUAGGCUGCCAGCCAGAAACUCCGGUCUGUUUAGGCCCUGCUUGUGUAUUCUUGGCUGCCCCAAGUCAUUCAACAUUCACAUCACUCAGAGCUGAACCUCGACCCUCAACUCGUCUGGAGCUAAAUGACAAGUGGGCAGCGGCACGGAGCCACUCAGUGAUAACUCGGGGCGCGAUGGAGAGCAAGGGAUUACUCCGCUGUAAGAUCGUGGUGGUCGGCGACGCUCAGUGCGGGAAGACGGCUCUCCUUCACGUUUUCGCCAAAGACUCGUACCCAGAGAAUUACGUUCCCACGGUGUUUGAGAAUUACACGGCCAGCUUCGAGAUCGACAAACAGAGGAUCGAGCUCAACAUGUGGGACACCUCAGGUUCAGCCUACUAUGACAAUGUGCGGCCGCUGGCGUACCCGGACUCAGACGCUGUGCUCAUCUGCUUUGACAUCAGCCGUCCAGAGACAAUGGACAGCGUGCUGAAAAAGUGGCAGGGUGAGACGCAGGAGUUCUGUCCUAACGCCAAAGUGGUGCUGGUCGGCUGCAAGCUGGACAUGAGGACGGACCUCAACGUCCUGAGAGAGCUCGCCAAACACAGACUCAUUCCUGUCACCCACGAACAGGGCACUAACUUGGCGAGGCAGAUCGGCGCUGUGGCCUACGCGGAGUGCACCUCAAAGUAUUCAGAGAACAGCGUCCGUGAUGUUUUCCACGUCACCACCCUGUCGUCUGUGUCCCGCAUCCACAGGCCUCAGCUGAAACGUGCUGGCUCACGUCGCGGCCUCAAGCGGGUCUCUCAGCAGCCGCCCCGGACUGAGAUUCACGAGCAUCCGCCUGCCAUUAGAAAGGACCGGGCCAAAAGCUGCGUGCUCAUGUAGGACCAGAGCCAACCAGCAACCUGGCCUGCUUGUGCCAAUGGACGUGAAACCAUACCGCACAUGAACUUAACUUAUUGGUGAAUUCUUGUCAGAUCUUUGCACUGCAUAAAGGACAUUAUGAUGCAACCAAGAACAAAUGCUAUCCUGUGGAGUUUAUUUGAGGAAUUGUUUGUCCAUCUUUAGCGAAACUCUCCUUGUUCUUCUUUCUCUGUGGCUGUGUUCUCAUCAUGGGGAGGUCAUUGUUGUGGCAAAAGCAUUUUUUUCUUUAACGCUUUCACUUGAACCAGUGGACAAAAAGUGGUCUUGGACGCAACAGGCUGGUUAGCAAAUGAAACACAAGGACAGGAAAAAAAAAGCGAGUAUGGAGAUUAAAGGAAAAAAAAAAUGUAAUUGGGAAAACAUCACCUUUGAAGAACCUGCAGUUACAGAGCUGGUCAUGACUUCUAUUAUGUUGUUUCCUGUUUUGAAAUGCUAUUCUCUCUGUAAGUGUGUAAGUAAGUGAAGCACAAUACGAUGCACGCAAACCGAGUCUUUCAUAAAUGCCAGGCAGUGAACUCCGAUCCACUUCAUGUGACAAGCCGAAAAAUUUAAAAAAAGAAAGAAAAUCUGGACAAACAAAAACUCGUGGGCUGAGAUGACACUAAUUUUCUUAAACCACAAGUGCUUUUUAAUAUUGAAAUCUGAAUAAUCACUCACCGCAUAAUACUGAAGUGUUGUGAAAUUAAUACUGUUCUAAUAAUCCACGGAGGGGAGGGAGAGUGACUGUUGCAUUACGUUGUACAUGUGAUAAUGAAAUAAAAAAAAAAAA